AUGGCAAAUACUGGGAGAAAAAAAAGAAUAUACUCAUUAGUAGUCUCAUUAAUCGACGAAUUUGCACCGUUUUGGUUUGUAACUGUCAUGGGUACUGGCAUUUCAUCUUCUAUUUUACAUGAAUUCCCAUAUCCUGCAAAAUGGCUACGCAUUUGUUCAUACAUUAUGUUUGCCAUAUGCUGCCUACUUUUUUUGAUUUUCCAAACGGCUGUGUUUCUUAAUAUGUAUAGAGUAAUCUAUGUCAAGAGGCUCGGUGUCCUAAAAUAUGUCCAGAGAUAUUUUGUUAGUAUCCCCAACAAUUUAUUUUGGGGUACUUAUGCCAUGGGAUUUUGCACAAUUAUAAAUUAUAUGUAUAUAUUGGCCAGUAAUGAAGCUUCUCAUAGCUACAAACAGAGUAAAAACUUAAUCAUCGCUGUAUAUGUAUUAUGGUGGGUUGAUGUUACCAUCUCCCUAGGUACUGCUUGGGUAAUUACAUUUUUAUGUUGGAAGUAUACUCACCAAGACCUACUCUCCAAAAAUUUACAAAGCUUUUUGUUGCUACCAAUAAUACCCAUCGUAGUUGUUAGUUCAAGCAGUGGCCAAUUCACAAUGUCAGAACUUUUCACCCAACACUUUAAUAGAAAUAUCCAGUUAUUAACUUUGGUCAUUACUGCAUUGUUAUGGCUUCAUGCCAUCGCUUUGGUUUUCUUGGUUUUAAGUGUUUAUUUCUGGAACUUAUAUAUUAACGGCAUUCCCGAUAUAAUGAGGGUUUUUACUUGUUUUCUAUGUAUUGGCCCUAUGGGACAAGGUAGUUAUGGAGUUCAGUUGUUAUCAGAUAACAUAUUAAAAUAUAUCAAAAAGUAUCACGCGAAUACAGGUGACGAAAGGGAAUACCUCUCUGUUCUAGCUGUUGGAUACAGUUUCAAAGUGUUUGGUUUAAUCUUGGCUCUACUAUUAAUGUCCUGCGGUAUUUUUUUCACUUUUUAUUCUUUUGCGUCAAUUGCCUCAUAUUAUAACACCAUUCCACUAUUCAAUAGCAACUUGAACACUUCAGCCAAUGAAAAUAGAAUUUAUCAUUACCAUAAGGGUUGGUGGGCAAUGACUUUCCCCCUAGGUACUAUGGCAUUAUCUACAAAGGAAAUCUGGAUUCAAUACGAUAGAGUUGCCCCUAUUGGUGCGUUUAGAGUCUUGAGUGUGAUUUACUCUGGUUUAUGUGUUAUUAGUACUAUCUUUUGUUUAUUAGGAUGCUUAAAAAUUUAUGUUUACCAAUGGAUUAAAGAUUACAACUAUCAUACAACGAAAAACAACAGAAAAAGUGGAAAUAAUGAAGAGCAGGAUCAAGAAGCAGAGUACAAUGUUGCACGUGAAUCUCAAAAUCACUCAAAUACCGAUACAAAAUCAGAUAUUUUAAACUUUUAUCCUAUAAUAACUUACACCACUGCUAAUUCUCAUUACCAUACAGACAUAGAAAAGCAAUUAACAACUCAAGACAGUAUCAACGCAUAG